AUCGACCAAGCAUCACAUUCAUAGAAACACAAUUCAGUGUCUUCCAUUAGCACUACAAAAUCUUCACAUACAGCGAGAUAUAUAAAUAUAUAUUGUAAUUAGAAAAUAAUAUUUUGUGAUUAAUCGAAAAAGAUGGCGUCGAGAAAAGAUGAGAGAGCUGAAAAGGAAGAGAGGGCUCAGGCUGCCGCAGAGCUGGCUGCUAAGGAGCUGAGGGAUGUGAAUCAGGAUAGAGAGCGGGGUAUUAAAGUGGUGGAGCAUAAAGAAGAAGUUAGUGGCGGUCCUGGUGUUAUUGGGAGCAUUUUGAAGUCUGUUCAGGGGACUUUGGGCCAGGCUAAGGAGGUUGUGGUGGGAAAGGCUCAUGAUACUGCGGAGGUUUCGAGGGAGAACACUGAUUAUGCUUAUGAUAAGGGGAGAGAAGGGGGAGAUGUAGCUGCGCAGAAGGCGGAGGAGGCCAAGGAGAAGGCGAAGAUGGCUAAGGAUACUACUACGGGGAAGGCGGGUGAGUACAAGGAUUAUACGGCUCAGAAGGCCGAGGAGGCUAAGGAGAAGGCGGCUCAGAAGGCCGAGGAGGCUAAGGAGAAGGCGGCUCAGAAGGCCGAGGAGACUAAGGAGAAGGCGGCUCAGAAGACCGAGGAGGCUAAGCAGAAGGCUGGUGAGUAUAAGAAUUAUACUGCUCAGAAGGCGGGGGAGGCUAAGGAUACUACUCUGGGGAAGGCGGGUGAGUAUAAGGAUUAUGCCGCUCAGAAGGCGGCUGAGGCUAAGGAUACAGCCGCUCAGAAAGCGGCUGAGGCCAAGGAAAAGACGGGUGAGUAUAAGGAUUAUGCCGCUCAGAAGGCGGCUGAGGCUAAGGAUACUACGGCUCAGAAAGCAGCUGAGGCUAAGGAUACUACCAUGGGGAAGGCUGGUGAGUAUAAGGAUUAUGCCGCUCAGAAGGCGGCUGAGACUAAGGAUGCUACUAUGCAGAAAACCGGCGAGUACAAGGACUAUGCUGCGCAGAAGGCGGCAGAGACUAAAGAUGCUACUAUGGAGAAGGCCAAGGAGUACAAGGAUUAUGCCGCUCAGAAGGCGGCUGAGGCUAAGGAUACUACUAUGCAGAAAACCGGUGAGUACAAGGACUAUGCUGCGCAGAAGGCAGCAGAGACUAAAGAUGCUACUAUGGAGAAGGCCAAGGAGUAUAAGGACUACACGGCGCAGAAGGCUGCGGAAACUAAGGAUGCCACCAUGGAGAAGGCUAAAGAGGCCAAGGAUACUACGGUGCAAAAAACUGGCGAGUACAAGGACUAUGCGGCGGAGAAGGCCAAGGAAGGGAAGGAUGUGACGGUGGAGAAGGCCAAGGAAGGGAAAGACACCACUGUUGGAAAGAUGACCGAGUUGAAAGAUUCAGCUGCGGAUGCGGCAAGGAAAGCCAUGGAUAUGUUUCUUGGCAAGAAAGAGGAAGUGAAAGGCAAGGCCGGAGAGACUGCUGAGGCAGCCAACGAAAAAUACGAGGACACUGAAUUCGCUGCUAGAAAGAAAAUGGAGGAAUUGAAGUUGCAAGAAGAGGGUGUAAAAGAUGAAGCUAAACAAAGGGCCGAGGCUGAUAGAGAAACUGCUGGUGAUAGGGGGAGCGCAGCAAAGGGCACAAUAUUUGGUGCCAUGGGUAGUGUAAAGGAUGCAAUUGUGGGGAAAUUGACAAUGCCUAGCGAUGUUGUUAAAGACAAGCAGCAGCAGGAAGCAGUGAUUAAAGUAGACGAAACGAGGCCGGGAGCGGUGGCGGAGGCUCUCAAGGCAGCAGAUCAGAUGCAUGGUCAGGCAUUCAACGAUGUGGGGAAGAUGGGAGAUGAGGAGGUUAUUGUGGAGCGCAAGGAGACGAGGCAGGGGAAAAUGUAGAGGAGAAUGCAAUGCAGCACUCUCAGUUACCAACAAUGGGGUUUUUGUUCUGUUGUCAAACUUGUGUUUAUUACAAGUAUCAUGUUGUGUUAGUAUUGUCGUGGCUUCGUAAUUGUGUGGGCAUUUGUUGACUGCAAAUUUGCUUUCUUGGUAUUGUAUGUUUGUUCUGAUGGUUUCCGCAUGUGUUAUAUGUAAAUAUGAUUCCUGUUUCCAGCUCGCCGUGUGGCAAAAUCAAAACCUCAAGUUAUGGAACUUGGGAAAUAAUAUUUUUUGUUUUCUGGCU